AUGGUCGAAUUCAAGGGCUACGCACUUACCAGCCCCGACGCCUGGAAAUCGCUCGAGUUAGUCUCCUUCGAGCCCAAGAGGUUCGAGGAUGAGGACGUCGAGCUGGCUAUCACGCACUGCGGUGUCUGCGGCUCCGACGUACACGUCCUCCGCCAGGGCUGGGGCAACGUGCCGUACACCCCGCUCGUCUGCGGGCACGAGAUCGUCGGAAAGGUCACCCGCGUCGGGCCCAAAGUCACGGAAUUCAAGGUCGGCGAUCGCGUCGGCGUCGGCGCCGUGGUGAACAGUUGCGGGACCUGCAGGAGGUGCACGUCGGGGAACGAACAAUAUUGCCCGAGCAUGACGCAGACGAUAAACGCCCGCCAUCCCGACGGAUCGCCUGUGCAGGGCGGUUUUGCAACCGCCAUUCGCGCCAACGAGCGGCUCGUGUUCGCCGUCCCUGACGGGAUUGAGUCCAAGGACGCGGCGUCGAUGUUCUGCGGCGGCUUGACGGUUUUCUCGCCGAUGCGCAGGAACAACGUCGGCCCCGGUUCGAAGAUCGGCGUGCUGGGAAUAGGAGGCCUAGGCCACUACGCAAUUCUGUUCGGCAAAGCGCUUGGUGCAGAGGUGUAUGCGUUCACCCAUAGCCCGGGUAAGCGCGAGGAUGCCAAGAAGCUCGGUGCUGACCAUGUCAUCGACACCGGCAUCGAGGGUUUUCAAAAGCCGUUCUUCGAUACGCUCGACCUCAUCAUCUCGACGACCAACGUCUUCCAGCGAGGCACUUCCUUCUCCACAUUCACGAGCAUGCUCACUAUCAAUGGCAAAUUCGUCAACGUCGGUCUGCCCGACGUCGACAAGGCCAUGCCACCGCUCCACGCGUUCGACAUGCUGACAAGCGGUGCCUUCAUCGGAGGCUCCUAUGUCGGCAGCAAGGCCGAUUGCUGUGCCAUGUUGAAGAUUGCCGUCGAGAAGGGUGUGAAGCCGUGGGUGCAGGAGCUGCCUAUGAAGGACUAUGGAGUUGCUCUUGAGGGAGUGCACAACGGGGCUGCGCGGUACCGCUAUGUUUUGACACAGGACAUUAUCCCUAUACCUUGA